AUGACAAACAGCACUGGCUCCAAGGCCGAAGUUGUUGUUGGAGAGAAAUAUAAACUGGUACGGAAGAUAGGGUAUGGCACCUUCGGGGACAUUUAUCUGGCGUUUAACAUCAACACCAGACAGGAAGUGGCAGUGAAGGUAGAAUCUCAGAAGGCCCAGUUUUCCAAGUUGGUAAUCGAAAGCCAAAUCUAUAGGAUUCUUGAAGGUGGGGUUGGCGUCCCCCACAUCUGGUGGUACGGUGAGGAAAAAGGCUAUAAUGUGUUAGUCAUGGAUCUUCUGGGACCCAGCCUUGAAGAUCUCUUCAAUUUCUGCUCAAGAAGGUUCACAAUGAAAACUGUACUUAUGUUAGCUGACCAGAUGAUUAGUAGAAUUGAAUAUGUGCAYGCAAAGAAUUUUAUACACAGAGACAUUAAGCCAGAUAACUUACUAGUGGGUAUCGGGAAUGACUGUAAUAAGUUAUUCCUUAUUGAUUUUGGUUUGGCCAAAAGGUACAGAAACGACAAGACAAAGCAACACAUACCAUAUGUGGAAGGUAAACCCCUCACUGGCACUGCCCGAUAUGCUAGCAUCAAUGCACAUCUUGGUAUUGAGCAGAGUCGCCGAGAUGACAUGGAAUCRUUAGGAUAUGUUUUGAUGUAUUUUAAUAGAACCCAUCUGCCAUGGCAAGGACUAAAUGCUGUAACAAAGAAACAAAUAUAUGAAAAGAUCAGUGAAAAGAAGAGGUCCACUUCUGUUGAAGUUUUAUGUAAGGGGUUUCCUGCAGAAUUUGCUAUAUACUUAAACUAUUGUCGUAGGCUGCCCUUUGAGGAAGUCCCAGAUUACAAGUAUCUGAAGGAGCUAUUCCGCAUCCUUUUCAGGACUCUGAACUACCAUUAUGACUACAUAUUUGAUUGGACGAAGAAGUUAAAGCAGAAAGCUUAG